UAACGUGCGGCGCAGCCGCACAGCAGUGACGAGCGACGGCAAUAGUUCGAAACAUGAUGAAAACCAGGAAACUGUUGUGACUGGUUGUUUUGCUUGUGACACACGAUGACUGGCAGAAAGUGCUGUCUGAGGUGCUGAUCACCCGGUUCUUCACCUCAAAGAACUCCGAUCGGAUGUGUCUUGUGUAACCACCUGUCAUGGCAAGUUACUACGACGAGCAUAACUGCACUCCUCUGAGACCAGGUCAAGAGCCUGAUCAUAUGCUACAUUUAGCGAGAUUGCUGAUAGACGGUGGAUAUGGAGCCCAUUUUGACAUGGAGUACCACAGGCUAUUCCCAGAUGCAGCCCAUCAGCCUCCAGCCUCUAAGCAAGCUGUAGCUUCACUGAAAUCUCUUCCAAAUGACGACCAUGACAGAAAAUGUCCUGUGUGCCUAAAGGAAUUUGACAUAUCUGAGCCUGUCACAGAGAUGCCCUGCAGCCACGCAUUCCACAAAGACUGCAUCAUUCCAUGGCUUAACCGAAUGAACUCGUGCCCAGUCUGCCGAUUUGAACUGCCCACGGAUGAUCCAGACUAUGAAGCAUACAAGGCACAAAAGGAAAGAAUAAAGAAGAGAGAAGCCACCCUACAAGAACUGCACAACUCAAUGUUCGGAUGACUACACUCUUUUACUGCCACAGUAAAAAAAUUCCACUAUAUACAA